GCGGCCCGGAGGGGGUCACUCCCGGGGGUCACCCGGGACCCGGGGCCCGGAGGCGGGGCGGGGGCGGCAGGGACUGCCUGGGGUCUGCCGCCGCCGGGCGGGGGUCUGGACCCCGCGACAUCCUCCGCCCCACUUCCGGGGCCGCCACUUUCACUUUCUCUUCCGCCGGCGCCGCUCUCCUGCCCGCCCCCCGACGGCCGGGCCCAGCGAGCGGGGAGCUGGGCUGGGAUCCCCGGCGCCGGGGCGCCCCGGGCUCUCCUCCUCCCCGCCAGGCCCGUCCUGUUCCCUCUGUGGCGCGUUGCGGGCUUGCUCGGUCCCGCUGCCCUCGCACCUCCCACGCGGCGUCCCGGCCCGUGCCCCAGCCCAGGCCCGAUCCCCGGUCCCCGGGUGGUGGGAUGCUGCCCGACUGCCGCCGCCGGGGACGCCGAGGUGCAGGGAGGGCUGAGUUGCUCCUGGUCGCCCGCCCUCUCCCAGAUGACCGGCGGUAGCAUUUCCCCGGAGCUGCAGCCCCGCCUGGGGGGAUGGGCGCAGCCGCGCCAGAUGGACGAGAAGACCAAGAAAGCCGAGGAGAUGGCCCUGAGACUCGCCCGGGCAGUGGCGGGCGGGGAUGAACAGGUGGCUAUGCAGUGUGCCACCUGGCUGGCAGAGGAACGGGUGCCCCUGAUUGUGCAGCUGAAGCCUGAGGUCUCCCCAACACAGGACAUCAGGCUGUGGGUGAGCGUGGAGGAUGCUCAGAUGCACGUGGACACCAUCUGGCUCACGGUGCGCGCUGACAUGACCGUGGCUUCCCUCAAGGACAUGGAGCUGCAGCGCGAGCGGCAAUUGCGCAUGCUGGAGGAUCUGGGCUUCAAGGACCUCACGCUGCAGCCGCGGGGCCCCCUGGAGCUGGCCCCCCCGAAGCCCGGGGCGCCGCAGGAGCCAGGGCCAGGGCAGCCGGCCGCCGCGCCCGAGCCCCCGCCGGUGGGCUGGCAGUGCCCCGGCUGCACCUUCAUCAACAAGCCCACGCGGCCCGGCUGCGAGAUGUGCUGCCGCUCGCGGCCCGAGGCCUACCAGGUGCCCGCCUCGUACCAGCCCGACGAGGAGGAGCGCGCGCGCCUGGCCGGCGAGGAGGAGGCGCUGCGCCAGUACCAGCAGCGGAAGCAGCAGCAGCAGGAGGGGAACUACCUGCAGCACGUGCAGCUGGAUCAGCGGAGCCUGGUGCUGAACACCGAGCCCACCGAGUGCCCCGUGUGCUACUCGGUGCUGGCGCCCGGCGAGGCCGUGGUGCUGCGGGAGUGUCUGCACACCUUCUGCAGGGAGUGUCUGCAGGGCACCAUCCUCAACAGCCAGGAGGCUGAGGUCGCCUGCCCCUUCAUUGACAACACCUACUCGUGCUCGGGCAAGCUGCUGGAGAGGGAGAUCCGGGCGCUGCUGAGCCCUGAGGAUUACCAGCGAUUUCUGGACCUGGGCGUCUCCAUCGCCGAGAACCGCAGUGCCUUCAGCUACCACUGCAAGACCCCCGACUGCAAGGGCUGGUGCUUCUUUGAGGAUGAUGUCAACGAGUUUGAGUGCCCCGUGUGCAAGCAAGUCAACUGCCUGCUCUGCAAGGCCAUCCAUAAGGAUAUGAACUGCAAGGAGUACCAGGAUGACCUGGCCCUGCGGGCUCAGGAUGAUGUGGCUGCCCGGCAGACGACCGAGAUGCUAAGGUUGAUGCUGCAGCAGGGCGAGGCCAUGCACUGCCCACAGUGCCAGAUCGUGGUGCAGAAGAAGGAUGGCUGUGACUGGAUCCGCUGCACGGUCUGCCACACCGAGAUCUGCUGGGUCACCAAGGGCCCACGCUGGGGCCCCCGGGGCCCAGGAGACACCAGUGGGGGCUGCCGCUGCCGGGUGAAUGGGGUCCCUUGCCAUCCCAGCUGUCAGAACUGCCACUGAGCUGAGGAUGGCCCGGUCCCCACGCUGAUCCAGCACCACAUUCGCAAGCUGCUGUGGGACAGGGCAGGUGCUUUGGCUCUGAUUUACGGCCUGGGAGAUGCUUCUGUGUUUGGUGGAGAUGGGCCCUGGAGAGGCCAAGGCCCCUGAUAUGCGUGGACAGGUGUUUGCUGUGGCUGUGGCGGGGCCCCACCUGAGCUGGCUGUUGUCGGGGGCUGCGUCUGCCCCAGUGCAUUUGCCCUUCCCCUGGGGCUUGCUGGCUAGACCCCGCAUCUUUUCUCUCUGGCAUCCACUUCUGCCUGAGCCAGCCUUAAGCACAGCCCUGGCCAGAGACCUUCCUGAAUGGAGCCUCAGAGAGCCCCGCGAGUCCACAAUCUGCCCGUCCAUCGCUGCCGCCUGCUGACUGCUGCGCUCACAGCCUCCCACUUCCUGUCGGCUUCCUGGGGGUGACUUUCCUUUGCCUUUGCUGUUGGAGGCCUGGGGUCUCUGAGAAUUGCUGCUAAUCGUGUUCAGAGCCAGGAGACCCGGCCGUUUCUAAAGCACAGUCCGUCAGGUGCGGCUUCCGCGUCCCCCUUUGCCGCCAGUGUAAGCUGAUUAAAAUGUUUUUCCAGGAA